GACCCUCUUCUGGGGUACAGUCUGGCGCAGCCAAUCGUCCAGGGCAUCCAGGGCAACCACGUCCUCGCUGUCGCCAAGCACUGGGUCCUCAACAACCAGGAGACGGACCGAUCCUCGGUUGACGCCGUGGUGGAUGAGCGCACCCGUCACGAGCUCUACUUCCCGCCGUUCGAGGGCGCGGUGGGUGCGGGCGUGGCUGCCGUCAUGUGCUCCUACAACCGGGUGGGCGGAGCAUGGAGCUGCGGGAACCAGGAGACCCUGAGGGGCGAGCUCAAGGGGCGCCUGGGCUUCGGCGGGUUCGUGGUCAGUGACUGGGGAGCCACGCACGGAGUGGACAGCGCCCGGGCGGGGCUUGACAUGGAGCAACCGGGCGCCAAGUUCAUGGGGGAGGCCCUCCUCGCGGAGGCUCGCUCUGGCGCGGUGCCCGAGGCGGUGGUGGACGACAGCGUGAGGCGAUUGCUGCAGCCGAUGUACCAGUAUGGCAUCUUCGAGCACGCCGGGCAGUGGGAGAACCUGUCGAAGAGGUCGCUCGACGUCACCUCGCCGGCGCACUCUGCGCUCGCGCGCCGGCUGGCCGCCGCGGGGGCGGUCCUGGCGAGAAACGAGGGCGCACUGCCCGUGCCCGCGGCGGCGCGGAGGAUCGCGGUGAUCGGGGCCCAGGCGCUGGACCCCACGGUGCACGGCGGGGGCUCCGGCGCGGUGCUCCCGACUUACGUCGUCUCGCCGCUGCACGCCAUCCGGGAGCGCGCCGCGGCGGCCGGAGCCACCGUCGCGUACGACGAUGGCUCAGACGAGCAGCGCGCGGCGUCCGUGGCCGCGGAGGCGGACCUCGUGGUCGUGGUCGUGGGGGACUCCAGUCGCGAGGGCCGCGACCGCCCCACCCUGGCGCUGCCGGGGUCGCAGGAUGCCCUGGUGCGUGCCGUCGCCGCCGCGGCGGGCAGCAGGACGGUGGUUGCGUGCAUCAGCCCCGGUGCCGUGCUGCUGCCCUGGGCCGAGGAGGUGUCGGCCCUGCUGCUGCUGCUGAUGCCGGGCCUCGAGGUCGGCAGCGCCCUGGCCGACCUGCUGUGGGGCGAGGUCAACCCCAGCGGGCGCCUGCCCGUCACGAUGCCCAGCCGCGACAACGAGGUCAAUUUCAACGCGGCGAUGUUCCCGGGCGUGGACGGGCGAUCCACGUACAGUGAGCGGCUGCUGGUCGGCUACCGCUGGUACGACGCCCACGGGGUGGCUCCGCGCUACCCUUUCGGCCACGGCCUGUCGUACACGCGCUUCGAGUACCACGGCCUGGCCAUCGACGCCGCGGCGCUCGUCGUGAACUGCAGCGUCGCGAACGCUGGGCACCGCGCCGGCUCCGAGGUGGCGCAGCUCUACCUGGCAUUCCCGGCCCGUGCGGCGUCGCCCCCGCAGCAGCUCAGGGGCUUCGUCAAGACCCGCGUGCUGGCGCCAGGGGAGAGCGCCGAGGUGUCCUUCCGCCUGCGCGCGCGCGACGUGUCCGCGUACGACCCCGCGUCGCGGGAGUGGGCCGUGGUGCCCGGCGAGUUCGAGGCUCGCGUCGGGGCUUCGUCCCGGGACGCCCGGCUCGUCGGCAGGUUCCGCCUCGGCGCGGCGGGGGCCCUGGUGGUGUAGGCGGCCUCGACCCCAAGAAGUGGCUUCUGUGCGCCAGGAUCUCAGGGCUGCUCGUCGGCAGGCGGGCAGGGCCUGAGCCCGACCUCCGCGGCGCGCUCUCGCGCGGCUCGCCUCCCUGCGCGGGGGCGACCCGAGGCGGGUGUGAUGAUGGGUCCUCCUCCUGCUCCUCCUCCUCCUCUUCCUGCUUCCAGCCGUGUGUGCUGCCAGCCUCGUGGUGCUCGUCCUCCUCCUCUUGGCCCUUGGCACAAGCCCGAGGGCGCCCUGUAGGCUCGCGCUGCCGGCCACGUGAAGCCCAGCCCGCCGCCCGAGUCCCCGCACGGGGGGGGGGCCAGCCGUCGCCGUGAGACUAGCUGGCCAGCGCUUGUACAGUCGAAGUCCAUUUGAAGGGCUGCCGGCCGACCGACGCGCGGCGGGCGCAUCGCGCUGCGCGGGGCCGCUUCUCUCGGCCGACCGACGCGCGGC